CUUGUCAUGUGUUGUUUUGCUCUUGAAAAUAAAACUUUGUAUUACACACUGCGUGUGGAUAAUAAUAAUACAAAAAUUGGUUCACUAGUCACCAAAUAUAAGAAAUAUAACUUUGAAUCAACGUGUUAUCAAAGAUGGCCAUGGGUGCUGCAAAAGACGCCGAAUUACGAAUUUCUGGUGGUGGUUUAUGUCGCAGUCAGAGAAUUGCAAUCUUACCGUAUAUUGAAGGGCAAAAGUAUACUUUUGGAGAUACGUUUACAAGUCGGGAAGAACAAGGAGAAUUCAUAUUCUGGUUUGGAGGAAAACAAGGUGGAAAUAAUCCUGGAUUGGAGGAAGGCGUCAAAUUCGACAAGAAGAGUACUAAGAAUGGCACCGUGUGUGAAAUCGUAUGCAAAGACAAGAAAUUCUGGCUGAUACCUUUGGGGGAUUGGAUGGAGGGCGAUGUUAGGAAUUAUGUUGAUGUACUUUUCCUUAACGACGUGGCAGUAAAUACGAAAGAAAAACAGAAACUUAAAUUUGGGGACGAAUUGUCAGUAAUAAGAACUAUCGAGGAAGUUGGCCCAUCGACCUUAGCAGCAAAUCAGACCAGAAUACACAACUCCAGGAUCGUUCUUGAAUUUAAAGAAAGAGAAUUGUUGUCCGAAUUAGAUGUUCUUAUAGAAAAGCAUUAUCGAAAACGGACAAAGCGUAAAACGGAUAAUAAAGUAGACUUGUUCUACCCAGGAAAAAAUUCAUUGAUUUUAUCAAAAAUUCUUUCCUUUUUGGACACGAACCAAUUGAAAAACGUUAGAUUCAUAUCCAACAUAUGGAAUCAAGAAGCUGUCAAGAUCCUUAGGAAGCGAACUAUUGCUAUGUUCCGCAUCUUUCCUCGCUUCCAGACAAAUUAUUCGGGUCAAACGCACGCAUGUAGUGGGUUUUAUUCGACGCCCUUUCUGCAAUACAAUCAUGAAAUGAAACACAAUCCGAUAAUGAACUGGGACAUAUUAUUGCCUCAUUUUGCAACCUCGGACACGGAUAAGUAUAAGGAACUCAACUGCACUGAAGGAAAACCUGGAGCGAAAUUGAUAGUCGACUUGAAUUGGUUUCUCACUUCAAGGCUUCACAGCGUCAAAAAUUUGACGUUGGGAGGGCCAAUUAAGAGCACAUUUGACAUGACGAUACGAUUUCAAAUUUUGGAUAAGCUGAAAGAAACUCUUCAAGAUUUGAAUUUUGCUGGCGAAUGGGAAGACCCGACGAUUCAAGAAGAUGAUGAUUUUACAACUCAAGCAAGUAUCUCACUUCCUCAUUUAAAAGUUCUUACCCUCUCAACUAAUUCAAGAAAAACUCUCACUGCCACAAGCUUUCACUUUUUUCGGUCUUUGAUUGCAUCACUUCCACGAGUUCAAUCUCUUCACCUUAUUUCCCAUCAUUUUCCCACAUUAUCCAUCUACUUUUUAGAAGAAUUAGAUAGCAAAUUCCGAAAUUUGGAUGAAGUUACGCUAAACCACGUCUCACGAACAGAACUUGAACUUCUCUGCAAAUUUGACAAACCUCUGAGAAAACUGGCACUGAAAAACCCCUACGAGCCUGAUUUUAAUUCCGAAACUAUUCAACUUUGGGAAAGGUUGAUUUGGAAACAUUCCAAUACUUUGGUAUCUCUGGAUUUUACUAUGCCAAUAUGUGCAGCCCCUCAUAACGGAAGAGUUCUUCAUCUCCCAACCUUUCCCCUUUUGAAAACUUUAGCUGUCGAUUAUAAUAUCGACUUUGACUAUCUAGCAGUUACGGAUGAUUCUAGGACCAAGCUUCCCGUCCAAUUCCAUUCUGAAAAUCCAGGCACCAGUUGGCUCAUUUAUGCUCGACAUUUUCCAUCCUUGCAGUCCCUCAAAUUAACGCCCUUGGAUAUUUUGGAACAGUAUGAAACCUGUAGCAAAACAUUCUUCCCACACGGUGCUACAAUUCCGGACCAGAUUUGUAAAACCUUGAUUAAUCUCGACAUUCCAAGAGAAAUGGCAAGUCGACGCCUUGCAGUUAUGUUUCCCAAUGUGUAUAAUGAUUGGAUUAAUAAAGCCAGACAACCUGCAGAGGUGACAAAUGUAGUGAACGACAAGGUUGACUUUUUGAAGUAUUUUCAUCCCCUCACCGAUGGACAACCCACAUGGGAACUCCUUCCUUCUCUACUUCCUACAAGAUACGAUUUAAAUGUGAUGUCUUUACUGCAGAUGUGUGAUAAUAACAGUAGCAUAGCAACAACGAGAGAAUCUAAUAGUGACAGUUAAGCACCUAAAUAUAUAUAAAUGAAUCUGAUGAUGACAGCGUUGAAGCUGACUAAAUAUGUUUUACAUACAUUAUUUGAUUAAUGUAACACACGCAUAAGUAUAAAGUUAAAUGAGUUAAUAAAUUUAAUUUUACGUCGUAACUUUAA